GUUUAAUUCAGUUGUCGCAAGGCGGUGCGAACCAAAAUUAAGUUAACGCAAGAACUUUUUUGAUAAGUCAGUGUCGAAGAUCAAACGGACGGGUCGUGUAACCCGUGCUAGAUUUUUUUUUCAUUUCGAAAUUUCGUCGAUGUACGCGCGAGAUUUCUUCAGAUCGACCGUUUGAUUAUGAGUAUUUAGUUUUCAGUGACAGGGAAUUUUUUGUUUGUCGUUUAAAGGGAGGCUCGUAUGGUGGCCUUCUCAACGAUGUCUCGAUCUUGGUUACUUUUUUAUUUUUUAGUUCCCACAAUUUUUAUAAAUGCCCAAUACAUACCAAACUAUAGGCAGCAAACCAGAAUUAGACAAUACCCUAUUAAAGCACCCCUAAACCAAGUACUAAGAGGAGACCAGCCAGUAGAACCAGAUGUAAUCCAGGACAUUUCAUCGUAUUAUCCAGAGGUGGUGCAUCCCUUAGCGGCCAAACAGGGAUAUGAUCCGAUGAAACAGCAUCAUCCUUGUGAGCAAAGUUCCUGUUAUCCAGCCACAGGCAAUCUGCUCAUAGGAAGGGAGAAUCAACUAUAUGCAUCAUCAACAUGUGGGUUAUAUAAAAAAGAAAGGUACUGUAUAGUAUCCCAUCUGGAUGAGGAAAGGAAGAAAUGUUUCUGGUGCGAUUCUCAACCCUCAGCAAAGCCCAAUCCAUUUUUGAACCACAAUAUUACUAACAUAGUUUACAAGAUGUAUCCAGGAACAAGAACGGUCUCUUGGUGGCAAUCGGAGAAUGGAAAGGAGAACGUUUAUAUACAGUUGGACUUAGAAGCUGAGUUUCAUUUUACUCAUUUAAUUAUCACAUUUAAGACCUUUAGGCCUGCUGCUAUGUUAAUUGAAAGAUCGUAUGAUUUUGGAGCAAAUUGGCAGGUUUACAGAUAUUUUGCGCAAAAUUGCACUCAAAGUUUUCCUCAUGUACGUGUAGGAGAUCCAAGAAAUCUCACAGAUGUGAUUUGUGAAUCUAGGUAUUCCCUUCUAUCCCCUGCAACUGAUGGUGAGGUCAUCUAUAGGGUUCUACCACCAACUAUGCCCAUUGAUAACCCUUACUCUCCACAUGUUCAGAAUUUGCUUAAGAUGACUAACUUGAGAAUUAAUUUUACCAAGUUGCAUACCUUGGGGGACGAUUUAUUGGAUCCUAGAGGCGAAAUUCAGGAAAAAUAUUAUUAUGCAAUAACUGAUAUGAUAGUAAGAGGCUCUUGCUCUUGUUACGGUCACGCCAGUAGAUGCCUUCCUUUGCAAGGAAUCGAACCUAAGCCAGAUAUGGUGCAUGGACGGUGUGAAUGCACUCACAACACCAAAGGCCGAAACUGUGAGGAGUGUGAAGACUUCUUUAAUGACUUACCUUGGAGACCUGCAAUUGGCAAACAGUCCAAUGCUUGCAAAAGAUGCAACUGUAACAACCACGCAAACAGUUGCCAUUUUGAUAAAGCUCUAUUUGAAGCUAAAGGAAAUGUGAGUGGUGGAGUUUGUGAUGGUUGUAUGCAUAACACAAUGGGAUCCAAUUGUGAACAGUGUAAACCUUAUUAUUAUCGAGAUCCAAGCAGGGAGAUUCAUGAUCCGGAAGUCUGUAGAGCAUGUGACUGUGAUCCACGAGGUUCACUAGAAGAAGGAAUUUGCGAUUCCGUAACUGACCCAGUAAACAACUUGGUGGCCGGUAGCUGCCAUUGCAAAACCAAUAUUGAAGGCCGUAGAUGUGACCAAUGUAAAAAUGGAUUCUGGAAUUUUACAGAAGCUAACCCUGAUGGUUGCCAACCUUGUACUUGUAAUACUUUGGGUACUAUUGGUAACCAGGGCUGCAAUGUCUGGACAGGAGAGUGUACUUGUAAAAGAUACGUUACUGGCAAAGACUGCCAACAAUGCUUACCUCAAUUUUAUAACCUUACUGAAACUCAAGAUGGUUGUCAACCCUGUGAUUGUGAUCCUGGAGGCGCUUUGAACAAUUUCUGUGACGUACUUACUGGUCAGUGCCUUUGCAAAAAUCACAUGACUGGACGUAAAUGUGAUACGCCUCAACAAACGUUCUUCCAAGCUAGCUUGGAAUUUUUCUUAUAUGAAGCUGAAGGCAGCAACACUAGUGGGCAAGUGGUAAUAAGAGCACCAUAUGCUAACGAAAUUAGUCCUUACACUGGAAUUGGUUUCGUAAAAGUAUAUCCAGGAGACUACAUGGAAAUCUACGUGAAUGAGAUUAAAACAUCAAUGGAUUAUGAUAUAAUUAUAAGAUAUGAGCCUCUAAUGCCUGAGAGCAUGGAAGAUAUCAUUGUGCAAGUUAUUCGUCCUCCUGGAGGAGUUGACCCUAACGGACCAUGCGCCAACAUGAGCCCCGGUGAAGAUAAAAAAUACACAUCUCUACCAUCAAAUCAAAGAGAGCAAAUUGUUUACCCUCCAGCAUGUUUAGAAGCCAACAAGCCCUAUACAAUUCGCAUAGACUUUAGUAGCUACAACUACCCACAGACACGCAAAAAUACUUCGGUAUUAAUUGACGCCAUUUGGCUUAGACCUAGAAUAGAAAACAUCCCCUUCUUCAGUGGCAAUCAAGGGAAAGAUUCAUUAGCGGAAUUUAAGAAGUACGACUGUGGUAAUCCAGCUCUAUUUCACAAAGACGCCAUCAUUCCUGAAGUUUGCAAAAUAUAUCAUGGCAGAAUCAGCGCUUACGUUUUCGAUGGUGCUUCUGCUUGUAAUUGUGAUCCAACAGGGUCACUUAGUAACAUCUGUUCUCGACUUGGAGGGCAAUGUAAAUGUAAACCAAAUGUAGUUGGAAGGAAGUGUGACCAAUGUGCUCAAGGAUAUUACGGUUUUGGACCAGAAGGAUGUACUGCUUGUGAUUGUAACCAUAUUGGAGCUAUGGAUAAUGCUUGUAAUGUUACUACACUCUCACGAGAUGUGUGGCGAAACACUUAUGGGAGACUCUGUGAUCAGUGCAGAGUAGGAUUUUGGAAAUUCCCAGACUGUGUCAGAUGCAACUGCAACGGCCACGCCGAUUUAUGUGAAUCCAACACCGGAAUUUGCAUUAGCUGUAGAGACAACACCAAAGGCAUCAACUGUGACAGCUGCGUUGAAGGCUUCUACGGCGAUCCAAGAAUUGGUAUUGAUGUCCAAUGUAGACCUUGCCCAUGUCCUGGACUCAUUGGUUCUAAUCAUUCUUACGCUGAUACUUGCUUACUCGAUCCUGACACUAAAGACGUCUUUUGCAAUUGUCAACAAGGUUAUGCGGGUCCAAGAUGCGAUAUUUGUGUGGAUAAUUAUUAUGGAAAUCCAGAGGUUCCCGGGGGAUCGUGUCAGCCUUGCGACUGUAGUGGCAACAUUGAUUUAUCUCAGCCAGGCAACUGUGAUCCGCAUACUGGAAAAUGUUUGAAAUGUCUUGAUAAUACUGCUGGGGACCACUGUGAAGUUUGCGCAGAUAAUUUCUAUAGGGAGGAUGAAGAUUCCGUGUGUAAACCAUGUCAGUGUGACAUGUUAGGAACUAACUUCACUGCUGGCCCAUGUAUGCCAACUGGUGGCCAAUGCCAAUGCUUCCCCAACGUGACAGGAUUAAAUUGCGAUGAGUGUGAAGAAGAUCAUUGGAAAAUCGCAAGUGGACAGGGCUGUGAACCUUGCGAGUGUGAUGAAUUUGGUUCACUGGAUACUCAAUGUCAUACUUAUACUGGACAAUGUGAAUGUAAGCCAGGCUUUGGUGGCAGACAAUGCAAUGAAUGCAUGCCAAGGUUCUAUGGUGAUCCUAAAAAAGAAUGUUUAGCAUGUGACUGUGACGCCCUUGGAGCUAAAGAUAAACAAUGCGACAUGCGCACUGGUGCUUGCAUUUGUUUACCAGGUGUCGGUGGUCACAAAUGUGACCGUUGUGAACGAGGUUACAUCGGUGAAGUACCCAGCUGUCAAACAUGCGGUGAAUGCUUCGAUAAUUGGGAUAGAAUCUUGCAAGAAAGCAAAAAUGAAACGUUGGCCAUUAUUGAAAGAGCAGGCGAUAUCAAGAAAGUAGGUGCAACUGGUGCUUAUACCAAAGAAUUUGACGAAAUGAAGGCUCGAUUGGAUGAAAUUGAAAAGCUUCUCUCAAACAGUAAUGGAAUUGAUGUUGACUCUAUUGAGGAAGAGCUGCAAGUGCUACGAAGCCGCAUUAAUUUAACUGAAAAUGAUAAGCUAAAAGCUCUGGAUAAUGCUUUGGCAAACAUAAAACAGAAUAUAUUGCUAGAUGAAAGAAAAGUAAAGAGCUAUAACGAAAGCAUAGCUGAUUUAAUAAAGAGAACCAAAGAAUUGGAAAAUAAUGGCACUAAGCUUCAAGAAGCCAAUGUCCUUGGCGCCCUGACUUUAAUUACUGAAGCUAAAAAGAAGGCUGAUAUGGCAGCUCACAAAGCAGAGCAUUCGAAACAAGAUGUCAACUAUGCUGAUAACCAAUGUCGUGCUACAGAAACGUUCAUCAAUCAAACUAAAGAAGUUUUUACCAAGCAAUCAGAAGAUAAUGCCAAUCAGUUAGGAAAUAUUCGUCAAAAACUUGAUGGACUCUUUGAACAAAUUGUUGGCCUUAAUGAUUUGGUCUGUGAUGGAGCUGGAGAUCCUUGUGACUCUAUCUGUGGUGGUGCCGGAUGCAACAGUUGUGGUAACUCAAUAUCAUGUGAAGACGGUGCUAAACAAUUGGCUGAGGCUGCUAUAGCUUUUGCCAAAAAAACUGAAACCGCCUUAAAAGAUAAAGAAUCUGCUGCAAACGACUUGGUUCGUAACGUCUCGCAGAUUAACACCAACGAAACUUUAAGACUAGCUACUGAAACGUAUGAACUUAUUAACAAGAUGUUGAUUGAUACCAAUAGCUCGUUGGAAAAAGCUGCUUUAGUAAUGAAAGAGAUGAGGGAGUUCAUGGGGCAAAAUAAUACCAAACCUGAAGAAAUCAAAAAGCUAGCGCAGGAAAUCUUGGGCAAGAGUGUCCAUAAAACUGAGGAGGAAGUGCAAGAGUUGGCUGAUAACAUUCGUGAUGCCCUACAGCGGUUAAAAAAUACUGAUCAUAUUAUCGAGGAAACUAGAAGCGAUUUGGAUAAAGUAAAACAGCUUAAGCAAAACGCUGAAUAUGCUAAGUUGAAUGCGACCAAAUUGCUCACUGAUGCAGAAGCAGUGAAUCAGUCACUUUACAAAACUCAAGAUGCCCAAUCUGAAGCUGAAAAGGCCAUUGAGAAAGCUUGGAAGGAUUAUGAUGCCACUAUGAAUAUUCUGAAUGAGAUUGGAAAUAAGACCAAAGAAGCUGAAAGUAACGAAAUAACUCGUAAAUUAGCCGAGCUAAAAGAAAACAUCUCUUACUUGCAAAAAAAUAUAACAGAAAAUGAGAAUUCAGCUAACAGAACAAUCGAAGAGUCUGCACAUACCUUGUCAAAAGCGGAAAAAACUUGGUCAGACUCCGAAGAGUUACAAGGAAAAUAUAAAGUUGCUAGAGAGCAAUUAAAUGAAACUCUUAACAAAGUUGAUAAGACCAAAGAACGAGCAAUGAGCUUAUCCAAGAAGGCGCUUGAUUUGUUCGAGAAAGUUAGCGAUAAUUCCAGUAAAAUCAAUGAACUUCAGGACAGCAACCAAGACGCGGUAUUGAUGGAGUUAGAAAACCUACUUAAGGAUCUUAUAGAUAAAAUGAAUGGCUAUACAAAGAAGUUAGAGAAUAAGGUUGAAUAUUAUAAUAAUUGUUAGUGGUCAGUGUUUAAAUUUUCUUUUCAGUGUUCAUUAUUAUUUUGGAGGCGCAACAUUUUUUGUAUACUAGGAUGAACAAAACUGGCAUUUAUUUUAAACCUCUUGAUAAUGCAACGAGGCUUACCUAUAAAUCUGCAUUUAAUUCUCAGUAGUAUUUUAUGAUUUUUUUUAUGUACUGGUAUCAAAAAACGUUCGCCUCUACCUACUAAACCAAGAGUAAUUUCUAAAGGAAUCACUUGAGUGUAUAUACAUGACGAAAUUUCUUAUAAUUUUUUUACUGUGAUAUUAUCAAAGACAAUAAAACUGCCUUUUUGGAUUCCACACAUUUCAUUAUUUUUGAUCAGCCAUACCUUGCGAAUGCUUACGGUUUAAAGGAUUAAACUUAGGUUAAAAGUUAAGUCACUUUACUUAGCGCACCAACCUGUAAAUAACGUAGGUAAUUUAUUGCUAAAUGUAUUCACUUAUAAGCCUAAGAGUUAAUAACAUCAUUUUCUAAUAGUUUUUGUAAAUACCCAUAAGUUGUUUGCAUAUUUUUUACCUUUUUAUUAUCGGUACUUUUUUUAUUACCAGUCAUUCAUUUGGGUGUUUUUUUUUAAAUAUAUGUUGUAAAUAGAAAUAAAUUAUUUUAAACAGGCAA